UAGUUCAGGGAGAACAUUCCAGUAUUUCUAACAUACAGACCUGUCAGAAUGAACCCUUUUACAAGGUCAAUAACACCAGGGUUAGUGAUUCCUGCAAAAUUGCAUUCCUGUCAUUAAAAGAGUCAACUUCCUUUUUCGACUGUAUUGAGGAGAGCUGUGGUGUUCUUAGGUGGGUAGUCUGAACUAAGAAAGCCUUAUAUAAGCUGGAGCUUUACAUUCCUGGACCAAGCCAGAUUCAUUACCACGAAGACCUUCAUCUGCAAGUUUUCCAUUGGCAUCACACAGAAGAUGGGUUUCACUGGAAAAUAUGAAGUGGAAAAUGAAGAAAACUAUGACAACUUUAUGAAGCGCCUAGGUCUUCCUGAUGAUGCAAUUGAGAAAGGAAGAAAUUUCAAGAUCAUUACUGAAAUAAUACAGAAUGAUGAUGAAUUCACCUGGUCCCAGAUUUAUCCAGGAGGGCAUACCUUGACUAAUAAGUUUGUUAUUGGCAAGGAAUCAGAAAUGGAGACAAUAGGAGGCAAAAAAUUCAAGGCAAUACUUAGAAAGGAAAAUGGCAAAGUGAUUGCUGACUUCCCAAACUAUCAUUAUACUGCAGAGAUUGCUGGGGAUAAACUUAUUGAGAUUUCUACAGUUGCUGAUGUAACCUUCAAGAGAAUCAAUAAGAAGCUGUCAUAAGAAGUUAACUGGAGAAGAAAUACUGUAAUCCAGUUCUUAGCCAUACCGGAAAACCAACAAAGUUAUAUAAAGUGGCAGACCUUCUCUAAGUCUGUAUUUGUUUUGCAAACAAAUGAAAGACACCUUCUAUUUGCCAUACAUAAUUUCUCUGCUGGUUUCCCUCUUCCCUCCAUGUAACACAGUGGUGGAAUCCUGAAUUAUCUAACUAUUCCUAAUAAAGAAGAGCAAGAUUUCAGGCACUGCUAUGUUACACACGAUAAAGAGUGAAUGAACACUUUCCUUUUUGCCAUCAUAUUGUGGCUGGCUUUCCACUACACUCUAUGGCAAAACCAAACAGAUUACAUUUUGGCUUAGUACAUUCUGUGCUUCCAGCCACAAUAGUUCAUCAACCAUGUUUUAGAGCAUAAUGUAAUGUGUGAAGGGUAGCUUUUAUAAACCACUUAAUACAUAUGGUUAUAAACAAACAAAUAAGCAUAAACAAAUAAUUAUUUACAGCAAUGUGAGCCCAGUUUAUCUAUACAUAAUUUAAGAACAAUGACUUGUGGUCAUUUAAAAAAGUGGUUACUGUACAU